ACAACAACUAUUUAAAAAAAAAACAUUUCCCUUUGUGCUAACAUUAUCAUUACCUUGUACUAUUAGCUUAAAAAUGCAUUCAAAAUUCAUCCAUUUCGCUCUUUUUAUCUUUAUUAUCUUUACUAUCUCCGCCAGUUCUUUAGCCCUUAGCCCGGUCGGCGGAAGGAAGAUGAGCUCGAAUACCGAGAUGGGAUCACCUAGCUCAGGUAGUGGCGCGGCUCAUGGGCCUAACUGGGAUUACAAUUGGGGCUGGGGUUCAAGCCCGAGUGGAGGUUGGGGUUAUGGUUCGGGCUCGGGUAGGUCUCCUAAUGGAUUUGCACGAGGCUGGGGCUUUGGUUCCGGGUCAGGGAGCGGGUCUGGUUCGGGCUAUGGUUAUGGUUACGGAAGCGGUGGGGCUCAUGGUGGUGGUUAUGGAGCUGGAAGUGGUUCGGGUGGUAGUGGAGGCGGUUUUGGUUCGGGAAGUGGUGGUUCACCAUCAGUUCCCGAACGUCAUGGUUAAAUUAAAACUUUGUAUGCUAGUAUGUUGUGUACUGCGUAAAAUAUAACUAUAGGAAUGUAUUGCGACUCCAACUACGUGCAAUAUUUAGUAUUUUGUUAGUACUAUGUUAUAUAGCUAAUGUGGUGUAUACAUAUUAUUAAUUAUAUAAGAUGAAUGUUUUCAUAUGCU